CAGUAAGUGAGUCAGUCAGUGAGUCUUACAUUCAUCUUAAAUGACAGAAACAAUGGAGUCUCUUCGCUGUCCCAUCUGUCUGGAACAUCUGAAGGAGCCAGUCACCACUGCCUGUGGACAUAGUUACUGUAUGGACUGUAUUGAGGGCUGCUGGGACCAAGAUGAGGCUAAAGGUGUCUACAGAUGCCCCCAGUGUAGACAGACCUUCAUCCCAAGACCUGUUCUGAUGAAGAACAUCAUGCUGGCCGAUCUAGUGGAGAACCUGAAGACAGGACUACAAGUGUCUCCUUCUGCUCUCCAUUAUGCCGGACCUGGAGAUGUAGCAUGUGAUGUCUGCACUGGGAGAAGGUUUAAAGCUGUCAAGACCUGUCUGGGGUGUCUGGCCUCUUACUGUGACACCCAUCUUCAGCCUCACUACCAAUCUGAGGAACUAAAGAAGCACAAGUUGGUCGACACCUCAACCCAAAUACAGAAACAGCUGGGUGUGAAACACGAGAAGUCCCACUACCAGCAGAGGAUCCAGGAGAGAGAAAGGAAGCUGAUUGAGUUGAAACAGACUAUGACCUUCAUUAAACACAUAGUACAGACAGCUGUGGAAGACAGUGAGAAGAUCUUUGCUGAGAUGAUCUGCUCCAUGGCGAGAAGACGCUCUGAGGUGAAGGAGAUGAUCAGAGCCCAGGAGAAGGCUGAAUUGAGUCGGGUUGAAGAACACCUGGGGCAACUGGAGCAGGAGAUAGCAGAGUUAAGGAGAGACGAUGAGUUGGAGCAGCUUUCACAUACCGAAGACCACAUGUCCCUCCUCCAGACUGCCCAGUCUCUUGGUGACCUGGUUGAUCCCAAAGCACCAUGCCGUUCCCUCGUUAGCUUUUCUCUGGGGUUUGAUGAUCUGAAGAGGGAAGUCACUGAGCUCAUUAAAAAAAUGGAUCACAUCUGUCAAGAAGAGUUGGAGAAGAUGUCCUGUUCAGCAAAGAAGCAGCAUUCUGGGAAGUGGUGGGGCUUCGGUCUGGUGAUGACCCUGAACAUGCUGACGGGGGACCAGGGAUUUGGGUUCAGACUUGUUGGAGGACGUGAGACUUCAGAGAAGAUUCUAAUUACGGAUAUAGUGAGACACUCGGCAGCUCACCGCGACGGCCGUUUGAAGAGGGGCGAUGAGCUGGUGGCCGUGGACAACGUGCCCGUGAACCAGAAAACACAUGAAGACGUUGUGGCCCUGAUUGGAAAGGCUGGACAGAAUGGUCAGGUGACCCUGAUGGUCAGGAGAGUCCAGAUGGAUAUUAAAAGAGUGUCUUGUAGACCUCACAGAGGAGUUCCUGCAAACUGUCCAAUGCAGAACUAGAUUAAAACUACUUGUGAACAUAAAAUCAUGAAACUUUUGAAGGGUAAAUCCACAGCGUCUAUAGAAAGUAUUUUUCAAAAGUUGUCAGUGCCUCAGUUUUAUACAUUUUGACAUUUUGUUGGGGCGAUGUUAUUAUUACCCAAGAAUGUUUAUAAUUCCAGAACUGAAUUCAGAACUGUUGAUUUUUGUCAUUGCAAAUUUUAUUGAUAUUCAAUUUAUUCAAUCAUGAAUCCUCAGAAUUUAUUUAUUUCAUAAUUUUUCUGUUUACGCAAAAUUUGAUCAGUUUAGAUUGAGACAAGUAUGUAAAAGGGGAUGUGAAGAGGACCUUUCUCCAUUGCUCUACAGUCCAAUCCUUAUGGUCUCUUGCAAACUUCAGCCAGGCUCUUCUUUGCUUCUCAUUGAUGAAGGGCAUUUUUCUAGCUUUGCAUGACUUCAGCCCUGCCCCUAGAAACCUGUUUGGAACCGUCCUCACCAUGCACUUCACCCCAGCUGCUGUUUGCCAUCCUACGGUUGUUGAGUGACAUUCCAAUGAGUUGACAAGCAUC